ACCCGCCUCAUCCCAUCUGGCUGCUUCCCGAGGAACAGCCGCUCUCCGCGCCGCCCAGGACCUGAGCUUCGGCCAAACCGCGCUUCUUCACCACGUGACCGCCGCAGUUCCAUGGACCAAACACAGAAAAGAAUGCUGGACCAGCCCCUUUGCAUCCCCACUGCCCAGCUCAAGAAGAAAAGGACAUCAGUGAUAUCUUUCUUUUCCAAGGUCUCUUGGAAACUGAGCCUCCAGAAGCAGGAGCCUCUGAAGAAUGUGUCUUUCAACUUGGCAGAGAGAGCCUGGGACCCCAGUUUUAAAAAGCGUCAUAUGGCAAUGAGAAGCCUAGGAACUAUGGCCUGUGAGACCCCGGACAAGGUGAGAAAGUAUAAAAUGAUUGUCCUGGACCUGCUGGUGCAUGGACGGUAUGACCCCAUGAGUUCUGAAGUCAUCCACGAGAGCCUGAAGACCCUGACCAUCAUGCUGGGCAAGAUCCAGGGGAAAGGCUUUGGCUCCUUCUUCAUAGACAUCACAUAGACAGAGAUCAGGACUUUGUUAGAUGAUGAGAAUGACAGCCUGAGAUACUCGGCCUUUGUCUUGUUUGGGCAACUGGCUGCCUUUGCUGGGCGGAAGUGGAAGAGAUUUUUCACCCGUCAGGUGAAGCCGACUCAGGAUUCUCUCCUGAGCCAUUUACAGGAUAGGAAUCCCCAGGUUGCCAAGGCUUGCAAAACAACUUUUCGAGCCUGUUCUCCGUAUCUGAGACAAAGGAAGGACUACAGCUUCCAGAGUGAAGAGGACCAAAGGAACCCUAAACUCUGCUGGCAGCUGAGCCACUAUCAUCCAGAGCUCCUGCAGUUCUUCUAUGCAAACAAAAUCCUGUAAACACAGAGCAGCAGGGAAAUGGUUCCAGUGAACACAUUGCUGGGGGCUGAUAUUCCCCCUUUUAACUCUUUGGAUACUUCUGCUGCUUCUUGUGAUUAUGAUAGAAAAGGGGGUGUUGGGAGAGCAAUUGAUGGCAAAAAAUAAUACUGUGGAAUUGUAUAAUUACACCCAAAGUACAUUCUAAAUAGCUUUUAUAUGUCUCAUUUUCUCCCCACAGAAAUUUGAUGAGAAGGUGCAUGCUUUAAAACAUUUAAAGUAUAUGUAGAUUCAGUGCUUAUUU